AACCUCAACGACAAUCACCCACCCUCUUCGUUUGUCUGUGUCAAGGCAAGAAAUUUUUACAGCGAAUUUUUGCCGUUUUGUUAUGGCUAAAUAAACAAGGUUUCCUGCUUGAGUACAUCCAUAUUUCUCUCCUGGUGUUCGCGACCUUUCAAGGCAGUCAUGGGGAACUGCUGUCGCUCGAAAUCGAGCCGAAAAGACAAGGACAACAUGCCUCAAAAUCCUCAGCCUUCGGCGAUGAUUACAACGACGAAUGGACAGCCGACACAACUAGGUUCAGACGUGAACGUUGCUUCACAGAGUUCUACAACGGGUAUAGGACCAGGAAAUACAAACACGGUGACUGUAUUUAUAGCCCUUUAUGAUUACGCGGCGAGAACCACGGAAGAUUUGAACUUUUCGAAAGGCGAGAGACUUCAAGUUAUUGAUAACAGCGAUGGCGACUGGUGGUUUGCUCGCUCGCUAAAGACGGGUCGCAAGGGAUAUAUCCCUUGUAAUUAUGUUGCUGCCGAGAGAAGUUUGGACGCUGAAGAGUGGUACUUUGGCAAAAUUCGAAGAGCGGACGCUGAGAAGAAACUGCUUGCAGAAUGCAACACGACAGGGACGUUCCUGGUCCGAGAUUCAGAGACGUCGCACGGCAACUAUUCCCUAUCUGUACGCGAAGGUGAUGUGGUGAAGCAUUACAGGAUACGGCGUCUAGAUGGUGGGGGCUUUUACAUAACCAGUCGUUCCCCCUAUGCAAAUCUUCAUGAGUUGGUUCAGCACUAUUCGAAGGAACCAGAUGGUCUCUGCUGUAUGUUGAUCAGACCUUGUCCUGCGACAGAGAAGCCAGAUACAGGAGGACUAGCGUAUAGUACGAAGGACUCUUGGGAGAUUCCAAGGGGAUCCCUUCACCUCCGGCAAAAACUGGGCCAAGGAAUGUUCGGAGAGGUGUGGGCCGGAACCUGGAAUGGCACGACACCGGUAGCUAUAAAAACUUUAAAACCAGGCUCCAUGGAGCCGAAGGCAUUCCUUGCUGAAGCCCAGAUCAUGAAAAAGUUGAGACAUGCUCAUCUUAUUCAGCUCUAUGCUGUGUGUACCGAGACGGAACCAAUUUACAUUAUCACAGAGUUGAUGAAACACGGGAGUCUGUUGGAUUACCUGGUGAAGGGCGAAGGCAGAAAUCUCCGCCUGCCAGUCCUGUUAGACAUGGCUGCUCAGAUUGCGGAUGGAAUGAAAUAUCUUGAAAAACAAAACUAUAUUCACCGUGAUCUGGCCGCCCGAAAUAUCUUGGUUGGCGAAGCCAACACCUGCAAGGUCGCUGAUUUUGGUCUUGCGAGACUGGUCAUCAACGAUGAGUACAACCCUCACGAGGGCGCUAAAUUCCCAAUCAAAUGGACGGCACCAGAGGCCGCCCUGUACAACCGUUUCACCAUCAAAUCGGACGUCUGGUCCUUUGGUGUCCUGCUCACAGAGCUUGUUUCUCAUGGUAGAAUACCCUACCCGGGUAUGACGAAUGCCCAGACCCUGGCAAAAGUGGAACGUGGUUACCGCAUGCCCUGCCCGCCCAACUGUCCAGAUUCGCUGUACCAAAUCAUGCUCGACUGCUGGAAAGCUAACGCACAAGAAAGGCCGACAUUUGAAUACCUACACUCUGUCCUCUCCGACUUUUUCGUGUCGACAGAACCCAGCUAUAGAGACCUACAAUGAUGCGAUAUUUUAGCUCAUGCCGUAGUAAAGUGUGUACAUAUAUGAAUAUUAUGCUAGUGUAAAGUUGUGACGUUAUGAUUUUUGGAUUUCACGCCGUUUCUACACUUUUCACAUGAUAGAAGAAUAUUUAUCCGUGUAAGUUUUAAAUCAAAAAUCUGUUAACUAGUAUAUUGCAUCGGCAUAUCGCUCGCUCGAAGUGGGCACUUCGUGGACAGCAAGAUCCAGCAAAGUUUCGACACAUUCAUAUCGACCGGGAACACAGACAGGCCAUUAUCUUCAACAAGCAUCAUCGGGGCCCAUCGACAGCGCAAAGUGGCGUAUUUAUAACAUUUCUCAAAGACCAAGUAUGCGUGUACUAUUUCGUAACGUCGUGGCCAUAGAAAAAAAAGUUUAUUAAAAUUUUGCAGUAUAUAAGGGAACCAUGCUAUGGAUUUUUCGCUCCGUGGUUGUAUAUGCUAAUUUUUAUAAAUAAAUGUUUUGAAUUUUA